CUAAAGGCUACCCAUGACCUCAGCCGUCGCAAAACUCAAGCCCUAGCCCUAGCAAUGACUUCGAAAUCUAUAACUUAUUCAUGUCUUAGAUUCAACCUGCGCUUAGCUUCGGGUUGGCGACCUGUUGGCGGGGGUCCUUGGCAGGGCCUUGUUGCCUUCCCUUGCGCCUUCUUCGUACGAAGUCAACGUCUCAGCGACGUUCUUCGGUGACCAGAGCACUCGUACAUCUUUCCCUCUUCCCUUCACAGCAACCAUGGGCAAAAUUGUCAAGCCUCUCAUGGCAUCAUGGCACUUCGCUACAAGAAGUUCUCCGUGAUGACCUCCUUGACGGAUAGUACGCUAUCGCCCUGCGUGGGACGGAUCCCCAAGACAACUUGGCUCUCGUAUAAGUUCGUGUCCACAGGCCCACUACUUCACUCACUUAGUUUUCUCUCAACACGAGCAGGACUCGAAAUAUUCCCUUCUUUCGCCCUCCAACUUCUGACUGCAAUCAUUCUUUCGGUGCUGGCAUCAAUUUAUUUUAUUCGGUUCUCAACACAUUUCCAUGCGCUUCUCUGCCGCCUUUUUUGCCGUUGUUUGUUCCGCUGCAGCCGCUGCACAGCAGACAUACACCAUCCUGGUCGGCUCGAAUGGCACGGCUACUUUCAAUCCGCCAUAUGUCAAUGCUACUUCCGGCGAUAAAAUCGCAUUCCAGUUCGUGGGUGGGAACCAUACCGUUACUCAGUCGGCCUUCAAUAUGCCCUGCGAGAAUAACACAAGCCCUAUGACGGGCAUGGACUCAGGUUUUCAGCCAGUUGCCACCAAUGCUUCCAUGUACCCACAGUACAGUCUCACCAUGACCAACUCGAACACCAUGUGGUUCUACUGUCGUCAAAUCGGUCACUGCGAGAAAGGAAUGGUGUUCGCGAUCAAUCCCACAGAACAGAUGACUUUCCAAGCCUUCCAGAAUACUGCUAAAGCUAGCGGGUCGUCUCUUUCGAGCUCGGCGACCAUGAGCGGCGCCAUGCCCGUAUCUGCGUCAACGACAAAUGGUGCAGUUUUACACGGCGUUAGCUCAGCCUUCGUUACAUUAUUCCUCGGUGCAUCUUUGAUAAUUCUGGCAUAAGCUACCUUCCACCAAGGGCAAACUGUUUUGGAUUUAACUUUGAAGUGGACAGCUUUGGGUCGUUACGUUUGCCUUGGGUUGUUUGAUA